ACGUAAGACGUCUGUUUUUGACAUAAUAACACGUGGGGAAAUUGUUGGUUUUUUAUAUUCUUUUUAGCCCAAAUUCGUACGCCCCAGUUGCUUUCUGUUUAACUUCUAUUUUUACAAAAUGGCAAAAACGAAAAAAACGUCCAAGUCAAGUUCGACCAGUAUUCAGCAAAAGACUAUGAUGAAAACCAGAAGCCAAACUGAACAAUUUAAACCUGAUGACCAAAACAAACUUCAUGCUCCAAAGAAUGACAAAGAUAAAGAGGUCAGUGUACAAAAAUCAGCAGACACUUUAGCAUUGGAUAAAAGUGAGCAAAGAAAAGUUGCAAAGCAAACCAAGAAAAUUAAAAAAGGCAUUGAGGAUGGGUCAAUCAUAGUAAAAAGGAACCUCAGGGAGGCAAAAAAGCGAGCAGCACAAAGAAGAGGCCUAGUUUACAUAGGGCAUAUUCCUCAUGGUUUUUAUGAGAAACAGAUGAAAAACUACUUUAAGCAGUUUGGCAAAGUCACAAAUGUUAAAGUCUGUAGAUCUAGAGUAAGUGGAAACGCUAAGGGUUAUGGUUAUGUUGAGUUUGAGAAUCCUGAAGUUGCUAAGAUUGCAGCGGAAACUAUGAAUAAUUAUGUCAUGUUUAAAAAACGUAUAGUUACUGAAUAUGUACCUUAUGAAAAACGACCAAAACAUCUUUUCCAAGGCAAAAGCAGCCAACCCGAACACACAUCAGUAAAAUCAAGAAGGGGCAAACAGAAACACACAAGAAACAUGAUUCAAGAUGAUGCAACUGUGGUGAAGAAAACCAAGGCUGCUUUUCAAAGAUUUCAAAAGAAACUAAACAAAUUAAACCAGCUGGGCAUAGUUUGCAACACAAAACCAGUGCAUGUCGAUACAAAUAUUAUUGGAGAAACAAAAACAGGCAAGGUGAAGAAAGCUAAGGUGGCAAAGAUUAAUAAUGAUGCCAUAAGGAAAAUUGCCAGAGAUCUAGUAAGAAAACGGGGCAAUCCUUUGGUAAAUGUAAAGCCAUCUAAAAUAGUGAAUACAGGCAAAGUGAAUAAAAAGUGACCUUACAAAUUUUGUAUUAUAAUAAAAUCUUAAAUGCUAAUUAGUA